AUGGCCACACUCGUGGACCUUGUUCCCCAAGUCACGUCGCUGCUGGCAGCAUCCCAAGUGCAUGGAGGCUCUCUGAGGCUUUCCACACUCAACUCGCAAGCCCCGUCGCAGACUACGCAGGCUCCCGAGGAACAGGACCGGCUGCGUGGUGCCGUCGCCGACGCUCUCGCCGCCGUCGACGACGAUGGCCUUGCCUCGUUGCUUAGGGAUAACAUGACACCGGAAACCAUCGGCAGCAUGCUCCCACUGCUCAAGACCAUCUUCUUUGGCUGCGCCACGGCCUCGGACGCGUCUGUGGCGCGGCGGACCGCAGUCUACACCACCAUCAUCAGCUGUUUUGCCGACGCGCGGCAGAUGCUGGAGACCAAGGCCAUCCAGGCGGUCAUCUCGCUCCUGCUGGUCGAGCUGGAGCACUUUCCGCCGACGGCGCUCGUCGCGCUCCUCGACCACUACGCAGACCUCUUCCACGCCGGCGACGUCACUUGGGGUGCGGCGCUCGAGUUUGUGCCUGCGCUACUCUCCAAUGUAGAGAGCCUCGCCGAGGUGCCCGGGCUCGGCAUCUCGGGAGCUGAGUUCCAGUCUAACUUUGUCGGCAAGAUCAUCCGGGCGCCGCUGCCGCCGGUCAUUGUCACCCCGCUCACCACCAUGUUCAAGGACAUCUCGCUUACCUCGCCUGACCUGCUCAAGGUCUUUGUCCGCAUUUUUGAGCUCUUUCCGGCCCUGGAGAUCCAGGAACUCCCUUCGCUUGUCUACCACCUGCUCCUCCUCGGCUCCAAGGGCCACCGCGCCUUCCUCCUCUCGUCGAUCAUCAAGGCCUUUGACGCCCAGCCGCCUCACGCCCGUGACACCGCCGUCGAGUCUACUGUCGCGCUCCAUGUCAACUUUGCCAUGAAGCAGGAUCUCAAGCUCGGCAAGGAGCUGCUCAAGGUGGCCAAGCGCGACACGCUGGCGCUCACUCCGUUUGCGCUCUCGCUCCUCCUCUCGUCGGCGCUCAUCUCGCGGUUCGAGGAAUCGGUUGUCGAGAUUGUCAAGCACGGCUUGCUUGCGUCGGCCAAGGACGCCGCUGCCCGCAAGGCCUCGAUCUGGCCGCUCCUGGUCGACGUUCCGCUCCCGCCGGUCUCGGACCUCGGCGCCGUCCUCGACACCGUUGUCGCCGCCACCACAGCAGGCUGGGACCUCCUCGUCCCACCACUGCUCAAAGUGGCGCUUGCGCUCUCGGACCUCACGCUGCGAUCGGUCGGCUACUCGCGCGAGCUGCUCGCCCAGUGCCACGCUCGCGCCGCCGCCAUGCUCACCACUCUGUUUGAGGCUCACGAGAUGGCACGUGCGCCGCUGCUGGAGCAAGUCUUUGCCCGGGUCAUCACCCUUGCCCCGUCGGCCGAGGCUAACAUUGCCCUCCUCGCCACGCUCGUCGUCCGCAACCCAUCGCGGUUCAUUCCAUUUGCCACAAAGGUCAAGGAGCUGGUCAACUACCUCUCGUACCUUAAUCUCGCCACCGCCGCCGCCCUCAUUGCCGCCCUCAUUCCGCUCGCCUCGGUCCUGCCGUCGUUUCUGGACCAUCUCAUGCUUGUCCUCAAGAAAAGUUUGUUCAAUCGCGAGCUCACCUCGCGGCUGGUGGCACUCUCGGGCUUUGUCGCCCUCCUCCGCGCCCUUUGCAUCGACGAGACGCCAGCGAGCAACACCUCGCAUGUCUCGACCGCCAGCUCGGCUACCGGGGCCGCGUCGCUCGAUCUCUUCUCGUUCUCGCAAGCGCCGCCGAUGAACAGCAACGGCGCCGCUGCCGCGCCCAGCACGCGCGCCGAGACCAACCCCGACGACUUUCGGCUUGUCCUUCCCAACGGCCACGCCCUGGCGCUGGAGAUCCUGGGCCAUCUCAAGCGCUGCCUGACUCAACAAUACGCCGUCCGCGCGCUUCUGUACGAUGCCCUGCCCGAGGUUGCUGCCCGCGUUCCGGCGCUCGGCCAGGACGUGCUGGAGCUCCUCUACUUUCAGCUCUCCAAGUACUACGUCAAGGCUUCAACCGGGCCGCCGCUCAACCUGGGUGGGGCGGUUGUCGUCAAGCCGGAUGCCGAGUUGGUGGUGGUUGUCGACGACCUGCCGGGGCUCCUUCGCGCCGUGCGCAAGGCGCUCUCGGCCGUCGCCAAGCCCGAUGGCGGCUUUGAGCGCGCCACCUUUGCCGCUGCGCUCUCGACCAUGUUUGAGUCCAUUUGCGAGCGAUCGGCUGCAUGCAACGCCGAGGACUACGAGCUCGACAAGACGGCCAACUUUGAUCCCGCAGUCGUGGCCGGUGCCGCCAACCACACUCGUGCCACCCUAUUGCUUGGUCUCCACGAGGUGCUCAUCGAGACUGCGGUCUCGCGCGAAGCUGCGCGCGGCGCGUCCAACAUCCUCGGCCCAGCCCUCGUCGAGUACGCCAAGUACCACGAGCUCCGCAAGCGCGUCAAUGGUGCAGCCGGCACCCGCAAGGGCAAGUUCAAGAAGGGCAAGGGCAUGGGCCCAGGCCGGUCGGCCCUGCUCAAGGCGCUUGUCCGCGAGCAGUCGCGGACAAAGCUCUCGUGGACUUAUCGAGUCAAGAUGCUCAAGGCUCUGUUUGCUCUCCCGGCCGAUGGCUCGGUCGCACACGCCCCGUCACUCCUCCGGCACAUCAUGCUCACGCUUGUCGCUGAUCUCAGCGAGGGUGCCAAGCUUGUCCGCUCGGCCGGCGCCGAGUCGAUCGGAAGCGCCAGCGGUAGCGGUAGCUCGGCCCAGGACGACGCGCUCGGGGGCUUUGGCGCGCCGCUCAACCCGGUUGCUGCAGCCCGCUUCCUUGCUCGGCUGCCCUCGGUCUGCUCGCGCCUUGUCCCGCUCCUUGCCGCUCAGUUUGACGCUGUCAAGGUGCUGUACGCGGUCGAGAUCGACGCUGCGCUUGCCGCCGCACCGCCGCCGCAGGUCGGUGACAACUACGGCGACGCCACGCCUCUGCUCACACUUUGCCUCUCGGCACUGCACGAGGCGCUGGCAGUGGUGGCGCCGCACCCGGCUCGCUUUGCCAAAGUCCUCUCGUCGCUGGUAAGCGGCUCUGCCGAUGCGCCGCUGCGCGAUGCCAUGGGCGUCCUCAAGUCGUGGGCGAGCGCGCUCCUUGAUGCCGCCUGGUUUGAGCCGCUCUCGUCGGUCCUCGACACGCUAGUCCACCUUCUCGACAACCACACCCCUGUUGCCGACUACGUGCAGCACGAGGCGUGGGCCCGCAGCUUCAUCGAGCGCAAGGCCAUUCUGGACGAGGGUGUGGCGCGCAAGCUCCUGCACUUUUUCAUCACUGUCUCGGUGGCCGACGUCGAGGACUCCCAGCUCAAGCUUGCUGCCGAUGUCAACAGGCUGUUUGGUGGCCUCGAUAUGUCGACCUACGACGGCGAGGUCGAGUGCGAGAUUGUUUGCGAUGCCAACGGGACCGUGGUAGUCAAGCAGGUGCUCGCCGGUGUCGAGGUUGCGCUCGGCCACGUCGAGUGGCUCCUCUCACUCCUCGACUCGCUCCCUCCCUCCGACCGCGGAUCCGAGAUGUACAAGGAGCUCUUUGAUGCGCUCUGUGUCCGACUCCUCGACGAGACCGCCGUCCUCCGCGCGCUCUCAUCGUCGUCGAUGCGCAACGGCCAAGCCUCGGACGUCCUGCUUAAGUCGCUCAUCCACUUUUACCGCACCUCGCUCCUGGUCAUCAAGCACGUGCUCGCGGUCAAAAAGGCCAAGCCGUCGUCGCGGCUGCAGAAGCUCGUUGCCAACGCCGCCGAGCUCGCCGGUCUCACCUACAACCUCGUCAACUACCUGCAGUCGUACGUAAUCAAUGCCUCGACGGCCCGUAUCGCCCGCGAGCAAAAGCUCAUCCCAGGCCUCAUCUUUGCCAUCGAGCAGUACGAAGUCAACGUGCUCUCGCUAGCCCAGUCAUCGGGAACAUCGCUCGUCCGCAACUUUAAGCGCUCCCGCCAGGACGAGAUCGACGGCAAGUCCAAGAAGCGUGCCCGCUACGGCUCGGACGACGAUCCGCCAGGCUCGCCGGGCUCGUCGCAGGUCGACGACGACAGCGGACGGCCACACAAACGGUGA